UUAUAUAUAUAUAUAUGUGUGUGUGUGUGACAAGGCUGGCCCUUUGAAUUAUAGGCACAACAGAAACAGGAAGAAAGAGUGAGAGAAAUUUGUGGUGAAAGAGUACAGCAGGGUUUGCCACCAUCCCCUGCCGGAGCCUUGUGGAGCUUUAGGUGUUUUGGCUCAAUAAACAGUCACAACGCCCGGUCUGGGAAUCGAAACCGCGAUCCUAUGACCGCGAGUCCGCUGCCCUAACCACUGGGCCAUUACACCUCCACGCUCAUUCACUACACCUUCACCAAAGACCUUAUUGAUAUUUCAAGCUGUCUGGGAUGCAUUGGUUCCACGACGGAAUUCAUAUUCAUAAACAAUACAAAUUUUUUAUUUAUCCAUGGGUUCACAAAAAUUGAUUUACAAGAGAAAACUCACAAUAUAAUCAGACACCAUGAAUUGCAUUUCGAAAAGUGAUGAUGUAACUUUUCAGUGUUGUAAAGAGUGUCUUUCAGGUUCCCUCUACCAAAUCUACUCACAAGGCUUUGGUCAGUGUGAGGCUAUAGUAGAAAACACUUGCCCAAGGUGCCACGCAGUGGGACUGAAUCUGGAACCAUGUGGUUAGGAAACAAGCAUCUUACCACACAGCUAUGCCUGUGCACACACACAUAUAUAUGCAAUGAAUCUGAUUUUUUUGUAGGAAAUCUAUAAUCAAUGACACUGUUGUUCAAAAACGCAUGAAAUUUAAAUAUAAAAUUACAUAUAUUUUAAAUAACUGGUGACAAUCUUUCCACUCUCAGUGUAAUCCAUUCUUACUACUGCCUGUGUAUUAUCCAUGAUGAAGCAAUUGCCACAUCCUUUUGCCUUUUGCUGUUAUGUUCUUUCAAAUCUAAUGGUAGACAUAUAGAACAUCAUGGAUUUCACUACACCACCAUCGUGCAACAUUUAUGUUUGUAUAAUAUAUCCUAUACCCAAAUAUAAACCCUUCAUUUUUGAUGGGUACUACGCUAGUUAACUGUAUAUUCUUAUUAGUUUUAUAUUCUGGUGAAUUUAUGUCUGUGAAAAUAAUUGUACAUAAUACUUAGUCCCUAUGGAAAUAUUGUUUGUUAUUGUGAAUAACAUAAUAAAAAAAUAAUUUGUAAUUUGUACCAAAGAUUAAAAUAAUCAAGUUGAAACUAGUCCCUCUUAUCUUUAACAAAUCUAAUAAAAUCCAAGCUGACGAUUAAGGUUGUACUACAAAUAUAUAUAUGUGGGGAAUGAUGUGGAAAUUUACAGAGUAUAAUGUUUAAAUCACUUGUAGCAAGAUAAAUAACUUGUUCAAUCCUGAUUUAAGCAAGCAGCUUUAAGAUCAAUGUGUAGUUUGAAUCUGAUAAAUUCAAAUUUUGAGUUCAAAUAUACAAUUAUGAAUAGAUAUCUACUUCCAGAGAUGCUACGACUUUAAUUAUAUCUAUAUACAUCCAUCGAAUAUAAACUAGAAAAAGUUUAUAAGUUUCAGUAAUAUCAUUGUGAAACCAUGUCACAUCAAACUGGUCAGAAAACUUUACAAACUGGAUGUUCGGAAGGAUUAUCAACUGUUGGUACUGAACAGAAUGCUUCGCAACAAUCGUAUAAUUUAGAUUCUGAAUAUAAUAUGAUUAAAUCCUAUACCCGAAUUCCCUUCAAACUGUGGAAACAUCCAGCAAGUCUGGAUCAAAUAAAACUGAAAGGAUCAAUUGAACAUGCACAUAAAAAAGUUCCAAAACCAAAGAAUAGCAAAAAUGAUAAAGACAAGAAUGCUAUCAAAAGCCCUCAACAUUCUUCAGAUGAUAAACUUUUACCUGCUGUUAAUGUGCACAAGAUAUCAAAAAUAGUUCCUACUUUCAAUGCAUACAAGCUACAGCUUGCUCGUGAAAGAACAGAAAAUGCUAUAAAGCUGAACCAAAUAUUUACUAUUCAAGGAGGCUAUUCGACUGUACGAUACUGUCUACGACAACGUGGCUGGGUGGAAAAUUAUUUUCAAAUGACUAAAAUUUGUAAGCAACCUCAAGUAAAAACCAUUCCUUUGGAUGGUAUUCAAGAUGCUACAGAGGAUGACGCUGAUAAUGACAUUGAUGAAAAUGAUAAUGAUAUUUCUAAUGUAAAGUGGAGGGAAGAAGAUAGGCUUUAUAAUAUAAUGUCCAGAAUGGUCCGAAAUGUGCAACCAUCUUUGAUUUGGGUGUUACAAAGAGAUUAUGUUGAUCAUCAAUUAUUAAACAAAGAUCAAAUGAUUAAUCAUUUUCUGCAAUCAGGAGUAUUUACCACAAAGGUUGGUUUGUGUUUGAAUUUACGAAAUCUUCCUUGGUAUGAUGAAACAGAUCCACACACAUUUUUUCCUCGUUGUUACCUACUCUGUCAUAGUGAAGAAAAGCAAGAAUUUAUUGAUGACUUCAAUCUUACUGCCUGUACAAGCAUUUUAAAAAUUGUCCUUGAGGCAUACUAUUCAACUUCUAGACGAUAUAACAAGGGAUACAAUGAAGAGAUUAGAAAAAUCAUUGCAGCUGAUAGAAGUGGGGAAACUGAAAAUCUUAAUUUCGGAGAAGAAUCAGAAAAAAAAGAUGAAAAGAAAACCAAAAGAGAAAUUCUCAGAUUACCAGCUGACAUAGUUGAACAGGCUGUCAGGUACUGUGAUCUAUUUUUAGGCAGCAAGGAUAAUCAAGAUCUUGAUUCCAGAGUUGAAAAAUCUCUAAACGAAGCCGAACUAGCAGAUUUACGUCAUUGGCAUUAUCACGUUAUACAUUCUGAUUUAGCCAUUGAAGGUGUGACUUCAGCCUUAGCCAACCUAUGUGAAAGCACCUUAAAACGUCUUCGAUUGCAGUGUCCUCAGUUAUAUUUGGAUGGCAAACACAAUAUAUGGAUCCUUAAACCAGGUGCCCAAUCUCGAGGAAGGGGUAUAAGUUGUCAUGAUGAUUUGGAUAGUAUCUUAAAAGUUGAUGAAGGGAAUGUAAUAAAGAAGGAAUCAAAAUAUGUAAUACAAAAAUAUAUUGAACGGCCUUUACUGAUUUAUAAUUGCAAGUUUGACAUUAGGCAGUGGUUUUUAGUCACAGAUUGGAAUCCACUUACUGUGUGGUUUUACAAAGACUGUUAUCUGCGGUUUUGUUCACAACAAUUUACUCUUAAUGAUUUUAAUGCGUCAAUUCAUCUGUGUAACAAUGUAAUACAAAGAAAUUAUAAAAAUGGUCCUCGAGCUAAAGAACUACCUGAAAAUAACAUGUGGACUCAUCAUCAAUUUAAAAAUUAUCUCAGAAUGCAGUCCAGCACUGACUUGUGGGAAGAGUCAAUUUAUCCAAAAAUAAAGAAAGCAAUAAUCUGCUCAGUAAUUGUAUCUCAGGAACUUGUUGAAACCAGAAAGGGCUCUUUUGAACUUUAUGGUGCUGAUUUCAUGUUGAGUGAUGAUUACAUUCCAUGGUUAAUAGAAAUUAAUUCGAAUCCUAGUAUGCAACAUAGUACAAAAGUAACGUCAGUGUUAUGUUGUAAAGUAUUAGAAGAUACUCUUAAAGUUGUUCUUGAUCGAAAAUAUAACAAGUGUUGUGAUACAGGAAGUUUUGAGCUGGGUUACAAACAGAGUGUAAUCAGUUGUCCUCUGUACCUUUGCUUAAACAUGUCUAUUGAAGGCCAAAGAAUGAAGACUCCAACUUCAGUUGGGAAACAAAUUUUGAAAAGUCCAGUAAGAAGUCCAUUAAGGAGUUCAUCCGUAAAUAGCAAACAUAAAAAAGGAAAUGAGUCAAUGCCAAAAGAUACGGAUCGAAUCUCAGGCUCAUUAAAAUAUAGAAAAAACUCAAAAACUGUCAAUUCAAAUUGCCAUUUUUUGAAUGAUAUGAAUACUGUAAUUAAUAUUAAUAGAAGCAAAAUAUGUAAACCCAAAGCUUGUUUUGGAAAAUUUCGAACUAUUAGACCAAAGGAAGAGAAUGGAGAUCAGUCACUACUUGUAAGUACGAGUAUUGGAGAGAGACAGUUUAAAACACGAAAUAGUAAAAAUAUACUUCUUACUCAAAGAAGCAGAAGGAGUCCAGAAAUCAAAUCUUUUAAACAACAGAAUCAUAAACUGUCUCUUACUGAAUAUAGGAGUUCCAAAGAAGCUUUCAAGGCUCAUAAGCAAGCAGAAAAUUUACCAAAGGUACUUGAAAAUAAAAGGCACAACUCCAGAAAAUUGGGAGGAGGGUUAUAGCCAAUUAUAUCAACCCCACUAAUUGACUGAUACUUUAAGAACCUGGAAUGAUGAAAGACAAAGUUGACUUUAUAGGAUUUGAACUCAGAAGGUAAGGAGUCAGA